AUGCAUUUCACGAUGCUCAUUUCCUUGUUCCUCGUCGCGCCGGCCAUCAGCCACCUCGCACCGCGCGACAACAGCACCGGCAUCGUCGGCUCCAUCUCCGCCAUCUCGGGCCAGCUCGCCGCCAUGAACGCAACCCUCGACCGGAUUCGCGGCCCCGACGACGCGCAGGCCGCCGUCGACUUCCAGAACCAGGCCACGCAGCUGCGCGCCGACCUCACCGCCGCGACGGACUCGGUGCGGGGCUCGGCCGCGCUCGACGACGACGCGUCGGCGAGCGUGGCCUACGCGGUCGUCGGCAUCACCGACGUCACGUACGCGGUGCUCGGCAAGGUCGUGGCCAAGCACGACGUCUUCGACGGGCUCGGCGGGGGCGGCGCCAUCACCGGCCUGGUGCGCGAGGAGCUGCAGGAGCUGCAGAACUCCACGCUGGGGUUCGGUGAGGCGUUGACGGACAAGUUCGUCACACAGGUCCGGAACGUCGCGCCGCUUCUGCUCUCGUCGUUGGAGUUUCACUUUUAUGAGACCAUCCAGGCCUACGCAUAG